ACGUGAUACCUGCUUUGCGACACAUGCCGGACCUCAACGGCGCGUGUUGAUGCUAUGAAGCUGCGUGUGGACCUACUGCGCGCCCCUGACACCCUGGGUGCUAUCCCGUCACAGGCUUAUGUUGCCGCACAAGUCGCAGUCUCCCAAUUAUAUUGUCAAGAUCGUCGGAAAGGUGGGCACGAUGCAGAACAACUUUGUGUUGCAUGAUUUCGUUGCAACGGCUAACCUGCAGCGGGAUGCAAAACCGAUAAUUGCGAUCAACAUGGGCGUGGAGGGUCAGAUGUCACGUAUACAACUGCGCCGGCGGUGGAAUAUUGCUGCCGAUUACAUAAUGCUGAUUGCGGUGCUUUUACAUGGUCUUACAUGGUCAUAAUGGUUCGAAGUUCGAACUUGAACUGUCACGGUUAUGAAAUCCUUUCCUAUAC